CGCCUUAAAAGCCGUUACAAGUGGCAGUACAAGCGCGCUACUUGGUUUUCAAAUUGGACGCAAAUGAUUGGUAUAAAUCAUUUGCCGAAAUGCACAUUGAUGCAUUAAUGAUUACAUUUGGAGAAUCAUAUUCCGGAAUAUUCCGUAUCACUUUCAUCAACAAUGGCUUAUAGACUGAUUAAAAAAUAUCCUCGAUCCAUUUACAAAGGAAAUAAAGAAGUUAAGCAGCACUUUAAUUAUUUACUUGUAAUUGAUUUCGAAAGCACAUGUAAGAAAUAUGAAAAAAUGGAACCUCAAGAAAUUAUAGAAUUUCCUUGUGCAGCGGUGUCAACGAAAACCUGGAAUACAGAAAAUGUUUUUCAUGAAUACAUUAAGCCAAAAGUUCAUCCAGAGCUUACUUCAUUUUGCACAGAACUUACUGGGAUCAUACAAGAUAUGGUAAAAAAUCAGCCUCAUUUUCCAGAAGUGUUCGACAAGUUUUGCAAAUGGUUAGAAGAACACAAUUAUUUUAAAGAAGGAAACGAUUGUGCGUUUGUAACAUGUGGUGAUUGGGACUUGAAAUCCAUGUUGCCUGCACAAUGUGAACUAGACAAUAUACCUUUACCCGAACACUUUCAGAAGUGGAUAAAUAUAAAGGAUACCUUUUGUGAAGCAACUCAAUAUUAUCCACGUAGUUUGAAAGACAUGCUUACAUUUCUUAAAAUUCCUUUACACGGAAGAUUGCACUGUGGCAUAAAUGAUGUAGAAAAUAUAGUUAAGAUAAUUCAAACUCUUCAAUCACAACAUAACACAGAGUUCAAAAUAAAUACUGCACCUAAUCUUCUAAAGAAAAAAAUAGUUAAUGUCUGACUGUAACAAAAAAAGAACAUGUUUAUUGAAAACUAAUUUAUUAAUAAUGAAAUAUUGCCCAUAUAAAAAUGCAAAAUUACAGUAUAUUUUAUAUAAUAAAUAUCUUUUAAAAUUAACGUAUCAAUUUACAAUCGUUUAACAUUGACCCUUAUCUGUACAUCAAACUUGUUGUUCUCUGUAUAAAUUUCAAGAACUGCAUCAAAGUUGCGUUCGACUUUUCGUUUGCAUUGUAUUUUUAAUUGAAAAUCUCUUCUCGUGGGUAUCAUUCCCUCGGCAGGGACAACACUUAAGUAUUCUGUAUUUGAUAAAGAAGUUUCAAACGGUUGUGCUACAGUACAAGAACUUCUUAUUGUUACAAUUGCUUCUGUUUUUGUCGGCGGAGAUAAAAUUACGAUGGAUGGAUUAAUCAUGAAAUUACCGGUAUUCAUAUCAUUUUGAAGCGUAUUAUUUCCUAUAAACGUUCUGAAAAUUUUUUAAUUAUAUAUAAAUAUUCAUUCCAGUUUGAUCAUUCAAAUAUUAACUAGAACUCACUCAGAGGGUAGAAAACUUUCUCCGUGUCCUUCGUAUAUAUGACUAUUGUCGCUACAAAGAGAAUAAAACAUUUGUGAUUCGUCAGCGUUGUCCUGAAGAACAGAUAGAGUCUCAUCAGCGUAUGCUUCCAUCGUUAACAUUAUCUCGUGUUGACGAAUGCCACGGCAAAGGUCUCCAAGAUUUUGCUAAGUAACGUGUAAAUAAAUUACUUAAUACUAUGUAAAAUUAAAUAAAAAGUAUCGAACUGCUUACCACUGAA